AUGAAGUGGCCCACGGUAUUUUUCGCUAUUUUUGUGGUUGCUGAAGGGAUUCCAAUUAAUGAUCGUAACUGGCAACUGGUUCCCAGUGGUGAUGGUCGGCUGCAUUUGAUCAACACAAAUCCGUACGAUGUACCGGAGAUGGACGAACCGGAAAUGCUGUUCAACCCUCAGCAGGACAUUAUCUUUCGUUUGUUCACUCGGGCCAACCCCACACAGCCGCAAAUCUUGCAAUUAAAUAAUGCGGCAUCCAUUAGUGGGUCUAACUUCAAUGCGGCCCAUCCGACGCGAUUCACGAUUCACGGCUGGAACAAUGAUGGUUCGCAUUUUAUGAACUCGCAGAUUCGUGAUGCGUACUUCCAAGUGGGUGACUUCAACAUAGUCACGGUCGAUUGGGGUGUAGGAGCGAUCAAUCCAAACUACAUCACUGCCCGAAACCAUGUCGGAGGGGUCGGCAACACCGUGUCGCAGUUAAUUGACCAACUAAUCGCAGCCACAGGAGCAAAUCCCGACAAUAUCUACGUCAUUGGCUACAGUCUCGGGGCACAUGCUGCCGGUUCAGCUGGAAAGGCACAGAAUGGACGGAUCCAUUCGAUCAUCGCACUGGACCCGGCCGGACCUCUUUUCUCCGCUGGACAAUCGGACGCCGUUUCACCGGCCGAUGGAGGGUACGUGGAGACGAUCAUGACGAAUGCCGGUGUGUUGGGCAUUAACACGCCGCUAGGGCAGGCCAAUUUCUACCCGAACGGAGGACGUUUGCAACCGGGUUGCGGGACCGAUAUCGGUGGCGGCUGUUCGCACGAUCGGGCUCCGCAAUUUUUUGCUGAGUCAAUCACCACCAGCACAUCGUUCCGUGCCACUCGCUGCGUCGACCAUGGACAAAUUUUGUCGGGAAGCUGUACUUCUUCCGGACCAGACGCCAAUAUGGGUGGUCAGCCAUCUAACUUUGGACGUGGUGUUAAUGGUGUGUUUUAUCUGCAAACUAAUGAGGCAUCUCCGUUUGCGAGAGGAUAG